GUGAUACAAAUGUGAUGUGUGUGUCUAUGACUGACUAAUUGAUUAGCCAGAAUAGAAAGGACUGGGGUCAAUACAAUGAAGCAUAGGCAAUAGAGAUAAUGAUUAAGGCUCCUGUAGGUUACUAAAAGUCAAAAGAACAAUUCAUAUAAACAUGUUGUUGCAAGCGUGAAUCAUAGUCAUGAGACUGAUAUUUGCUGCCAAAUUCAAUAGUUCCUGUAGGUUACUAAAAGUCAGACUCGCCUGAUGUUGUUGUGCAACAUCAGGCCCAAUCAGUAAUUGCCUUGUGGGAUCAACCCCACGAAUGAAGUAUAAGGUUUGAGAUUUUCCCAUAAUAGCUAGGGACUUUGCCACUGCUGACGAGCUGUGUGAUGUUGUUAUGGUUUGCUGCCUCCAAAAUCGUGUCCCCCGGUUGGAGUGAUGAUAUAAUAUCUAGACUCUGUUCCCCAGUCCUGAAGAUGGGUGGCAAAUUUACACAUCAGCUCAAGCCCCAGAUGGCAAAUGUAUAUGUACAGUGGUGGCCCCCGCACAAACCACCUGUUCCAGGGACCCGCGGAGUCGGCAGCUGCGUCAGUUGAUGGAGAAGGUACAGAAUAUUUCCCAGUCUAUGGAGGUUUUGGACCUCAGGACGUUUAGAGAUCUUCAGUAUUUACGGAACACUGAGUCAUUAAUGAAAGUUCUAGACACCAAGCUGAGGGCCACGGACAGCCAGAGAAAUGUUAAUGCGAAAAGCUUCCAGGAGUUGAAGGAUAAGAUGAAGCAGCUGUUACCCUUAAUUCCUGUUCUUGACCAAUAUAAGUCAGACACAAAGAUGAUUGUCCAGCUGAAAGAGGAGGUGAGGAACCUCUCCAAUGUCCUCCUACUGAUACAAGAAGAAAUGGGGGCCUAUGAUUACGAGGAGCUACAGCAAAGGGUGAUGUUCCUGGAGGCCAGGUUACACGCCUGCAUGCAGAAGCUAGGCUGUGGAAAGCUCACAGGUGUCAGUAACCCAAUUACAGUUCGUGCCUCGGGGUCCAGAUUUGGAUCUUGGAUGACAGACACCAUGGCUCCAAGUGCUGACAACAGGGUUUGGUACAUGGACGGCUACUACAAAGGCCGCAGAGUCCUAGAAUACCGAAGCCUAAAUGACUUCAUCAAAGGCCAGAACUUUGUCCAACAUCUUCUUCCACACCCUUGGGCUGGCACUGGCCAUGUGGUCUACAAUGGUUCCCUGUACUACAACAAGUAUCAGAGCAACAUUGUGGUGAAAUACCAUUUCAGAUCACGAAGCGUCUCUGUCCAGAGAAGUCUCAACAAUGCUGGCUACAACAACACAUUCCCAUACUCUUGGGGUGGCUUUUCUGACAUUGAUUUCAUGGUAGAUGAAAAUGGACUCUGGGCAGUCUACACAACUAACCAGAAUGCCGGGAACAUCGUUGUCAGCAAGAUGGACCCUCUAACCUUGGAGAUCUUGAAGACAUGGGACACAGGUUAUCCAAAACGUAGUGCUGGAGAGUCCUUUAUGAUUUGCGGCACCCUCUAUGUAACUAAUUCUCAUUUGGCAGGAGCCAAAAUCUACUUUGCAUAUUAUACAAAUUCUUCUACUUAUGAGUAUACAGAUAUUCCAUUCCAUAAUCAGUAUUCACACAUAUCCAUGCUGGACUACAAUCCACGGGAGAGAGUCCUUUACACUUGGAAUAAUGGUCAUCAAGUCCUCUAUAAUGUCACUUUGUUCCAUGUAAUAAAGACUAAUGGGGAAUGAUGUUGACUGUAUGGACAAUCAUCCCACUUAUUUUUUGUUUUUGUUUUUUAUUUCUUGGUUUCAUUUUUUUUACAGUCUGAUCUCGUUAUUUCUAUGAAACGCACAGAAAACAAAAAAAGACUAUCACGUGGUCAAGUGAGCAUGGUAUAAAAUAUACUUUUUUUCUGGUGGCAAAUAAAAGUAUUUGACAUUGA